AUGGGCGGAGGCAGUGUGCUCCCGGGGUUCCCUCAGCCGAACCCCACGACUUCUUACUGGCAACUCCCACCUCACCCAAUUGCCAACCAUCGCACCACGCAAUCGCUACCGACUUCCACGGCGUUUGACUACAUCAUCAUAGGCUCUGGAAUAUCCGGUGCCGCGGUGGCAUUCAAGCUACUGUCUCGGGAUCCGUCGCUUAAAGUCUUGAUGCUGGAAGCUCGUACCGCUGCUUCAGGCGCCUCUGGCCGUAAUGGUGGCCACUGUCGUGCCGGCUUCUGGCUCAACCAGAGGAAAUAUACCGAGUCUUUUGGGGAAGGCGAAGCCCUCAAGUUUUUGAAGCUUGAGGAGCAGAAUGGCAUGGAUAUUGCUGAAUUUGUACGCAAGCACAACGUUGACUGCGAUUUCCGAGAAAUAGAAACAGCAGAUGUCUACGUGUCCAACGAAGAAUGGAAUGAUGCGCUCCUAACCAUACUAGCUAGAGAAGAUCUGCGAAAGAGAAGACCAGAUGCAGCCACUCUUUCUGUAAGGACGGUGCGGAGCGGUCAAGAAGCAAGCGACCAUUUGGGGAUGCCAUCAAUAGUUGGUGCAGUCACAUGGCGAGCAUAUACACAAAAUCCUUACAGGCUUGUGUGCAGAAUGCUAGAACUUGCCCUUGAAAAAGGACUCAACUUGCAGACUACGACUCCCGCACUGGAGAUAGUGCCUACAACCUGGCAAGGGACUGCUUGCCGAUGGGAAGUCAAAACAGAUAGAGGCAAUUUACAUGCAAGCCAUGUCGUCUUAGCAACAAACGCCUAUUCAAACGCGCUGCUUCCUGGACUGGAAGUGACGGGCUUCUUGACCCCUGCUAGGAGUCAGGUGGCAGCUGUAAGACCCGGGAAGAACAUGACCGGUAGCCCAGCGCUUCGCGGAAGCGCGGGCCUCAAUGAUCUGAAUGGUGUCGGCGACUACUACAUGACGCGGCUGCCUGGUCUCAAGGGCGAGGGUGAUAUAUUGUGGGGAGGCGGGCGCUUUAUCUCGAAGGAAUAUGGAAUAACGGACGACUCCCAUAUCAACCCCGAGAUCGCAACCUACCUCCAUCACGCUCCAGCCAAAUUCUUUGGGAGCGACGUGUGGGGAGAGGAGGGUGAUGUGAUUAGAGAUUGGACUGGCAUUACAUGCUACACUCCGGACACAUUCCCCCUUGUGGGCGAGGUGCCAGGCCAGGCGGGACUUUGGAUGUCUGUUGGAAUGAAUGGGCAUGGUAUGGGCAUGGCUUUCCGAAGCGCUGAGGCUCUUGUUGAAUUAGUAACCACUGGGGAGGAGCCUGAGUGGUACCCAAAGUCAUUCAGACCUGGCAGAGCGUGGGGAAAAUAA